CAUCUGGUCCCUCUGAUCCUUAUCCUUCGGUCUCUUGAUCUAUCUUUCGGGAAUCUCACACACAUCGCCUACUAUCAAACUGCGUUUUGGUUUGCUGGCAACUGGCAAACACUAAAAGUCGUAUUUACACAACCAUUACCAUCAUAAAGCCCAAACCGGUUCUCAUUCAUUCUCUCCCUCCGCCAUGGGUGAAGUCAAAGGCUACAUCAAACCAAGCCAUGGCCUCUUUGGCUUUAUGCCAGAAUCAUGGGUUCCCUAUGCUGAACUCAUGCGUCUCGACCGUCAGGGAGGGUUCUGGGCCUUUUACUGGCACUACCUGAUCGGGCUCGGCUUCGCCAUCAACAUCCGACCCGUGUCCGCCGACGUAGACCUGAGAACUCUCGCGCUCCACGCGGCGUACCUAUAUCUCUGGGCCACCAUCUUCCGCGGCAUCACGUGUACGUGGAAUGACAAUCUGGACCAGGACUUUGACCGCCAGGUCGCUCGCUGUCGCGUGCGGCCCAUCCCACGCGGCGCCGUCUCCACUUCGCAGGCGCAUUUCUUCACAGCGUUGCAGAUCGCCGUUGGAGCCUGCAUCUUGUGGCCCUUUGGCAACUCGACGCUGAUUCACGCCGGCGUCGGCGGCGUCCUCCUGUUCAUCUACCCCUUCCUGAAGCGCUGCACGAAUUUUCCCCAGGUCGAGCUGGGAUUCGGGCUGUCUUGGGCCGUGUUCAUGGUGGCUGCCAUGUUCGACAAGGACCCGUUGGCGCCUCUCUGGGAUCCGUCGCUGGACAUCCCGGCCCGCGUGCUCAAGGUCGCCAAGUCACCCCUGGCCCAGUCGGUCGCGUACCUAUACUUUGCCGGCAUCAUGUGGACCAUCAUCUUUGACACAAUCUACGCCCACCAGGACUACCUCGAUGAUCUGAAAGCCGGUGUCAAGGGGCUUGCCGUACGGCUCGGAAGGAAAGGCACGAAGCCGGCCUGCGUGCUGGCGGCCGCCGUGCAGGUCUACUUUCUGGUGAUGGCAGGCCGCCUGGCUGGGUUUGGUGUGCCGUAUUACACCAUCUCGUGCGGCGCCACGGCUUUCUUGCUGAUGAGGAUGAUUUGCAUUGUCGACUUGGAAGAUGGUGACAGCUGCGCUUGGGCAUUCGGACCUGGAAGUGGUCAAGUUGGCACCGCAAUCUGCAGUGGGCUUUUUGCCGACUUCUUGUUCAACAAGUAUGGACUCUGAAUCAUGAGCUUAGGUCUGCAGCCGCAAACGGACAAAAUCGGAGACCGUUCAGGCCCAUAAAAACUAGAAGUUAGAUAUUAGCUUUGUUUUACCUGUUGGAGAAAAUUGGUGAA